AUGUCUCUCUGUAUAAACAGGCUGACUGAGGAACGUAAACAAUGGCGAAGGGACCACCCAUUCGGGUUCUUCGCGAAGCCAUACCGAACACCCCAGGGCGCGCUCGACCUGAAACGAUGGGAAUGUGGAGUACCGGGAAAAUCAAAGACGCUCUGGGACGGAGGCCUGUUCAAGCUCGAUCUAAUCUUCCCAGACGAAUACCCAACAAAACCCCCAAAAUGCAAAUUUGUUCCCCCGCUCUUCCACCCGAACGUCUACCCAUCCGGAACUGUAUGCUUGUCCAUCCUGGCGGAGGACGACGGCUGGAAACCGGCGAUCACGAUCAAGCAGAUCCUGCUUGGAAUACAAGACCUACUCGAUGACCCAAACCCCGAAUCUCCCGCGCAGGCCGAGGCUUACAACCUGUUCAAAAAGGACCGUCCUGCCUACGAGAAGAAAGUACGGCAGGUUGUAAAGGAGCAUCCUGCCGUCUAG